AUGUUCAUGGCAUCUCCGACAUCGACGCCGGCGGUACCCGGCAAGAGCGACAUCACCCUAAAAAUAAUCACCCAACGCAACGCAAACCCAAAGCUCACCAACAGGCUGUUGGAAAUCGCGACAACCGCAUUUCGAGAUGACCAGACUUUUGGUUGGCGAUAUCCGACUCGUCAUAAAUAUCCUGCCCAUCAUCGACAUAUGUUCUGGCGGUAUCUCGGGAACGAAUUACUAGAUCCGACAAUCUGGGUUGUUGUUGCAUAUAUAACGGAUAAUGGUAUUGAAGUUCCUGUAGGAUACUCGACGUGGCAGAGAAGGGGUCCUGGAACGGCUGAAGCUGUAAAGGGACGAGAUAAUUGGCUGCAGAAAUCUGAACGCAACCUUUUCGCUCUUCACGAAAGUUUGAAUAACUUUCUUUUCCCGAACCCGUCGGCGUACAAGCCAGCCAUAGAUCUUAUGGCUAAAGUCUUCGAAGAAACCGAAAACCUUGUCAAGCAAAUGCCACAAUUUGAAAACCACUUGCACCUUAAUAUAUUGGUAGUCGAUCCGGCAUAUCAGCGUCGGGGUAUCGGUGAAGCAUUGGUACGAUGGGGCGUUAACAAGUCGAUAAAGGAAGGCCUUCCAUGUGCUCUUGAAGCUUCCCGGGCCGGAAAAAGGGUAUAUACCAAAUGCGGUUUCGAAGAAAUCCAGACCUGUGAUGGGUUGCACCCGACUCCGGAAAAGCCUUGGCAGGAAGGCAUGCACUGCCGCGAGGAAGGUUGUCAAUUUGGCGUCGGCAGUUUUAUGAUAUUUGUACCCCCUUCCUUUCAUCUUCAAUAG